UCGCCUCACCAGCGGUCUUCGGGUCCGUAGGUCGCUGAGCGAGCCGCAGCUGGGCCGCGGCAGAGGAGACAGCGCAACCUCCGCAGGGCUAAAGUCCCAGGAAGGAGAUCACAAAGUUAAAGGAUUCUGUCCAAUUUUAAGAACAAAUGCACCUUCUAGCUCAUGGAAGAAAAAACACAAAUCAAGACAAUUUUGGGUUCCAAGUUGCCGAAGUAUGUAACAAAAUCUGUAAGAAGUACACUGCAGCCAGUGCCAAAUGGGACACCUGUUAAUUUAUUAGGAGCUUCCAAGAGUAGCAACGUCAAAAGUUACAUCAGAAAUAAUGGCUCUGAUUGUCCAUCGUCCCAUUCAUUUAAUUGGAGAACGGCAACUAAAUACCAGCUUAGUGCACAAAGUGCUGAAGAGCCUAAUGAUACUGAAAGUUCAUAUGAUAAAGUAAUUGAUCCUGAAAAACAUGGAUGUACUCAAGGAAUGUUUGAUAAAAAUGGAAUAAAAGGAGGUUUGAAAAGGGUUUCUUUAUUCACAUCAAAGUUAGCAAAGCCGUCCACUAUGUUUGCGUCAUCUACAGAGGAGUUAAAACAAAAGUCUUUGUCUGGACCACCUAAUUUGGGUAAAUUCACCAAAGGUACAUUAUUAGGAAGGACUUCAUAUUCUUCAGUCAGUGCUCCAAAAUCACAGUUGACUGGAUUUUAUGGAAAUCGAUCGACUGGUAGCAUACAAAGGCCUAGAGCAAACUCCUGUGCCACCAGAAGCAGUUCUGGAGAAAGCUUAGCACAAUCCCUAGACAACAUUAAAUCUCUUACUUGUGAAAAAAUGGUAAGGUCACAGAGUUUUUCACAUUCCAUUCAGAGUUCAUUCCUUUCACCUUCAUCUAUAACUAGAUCCCAUUCCUUCAAUAGAGCUGCAGAUCUUAUUAAGCCUUAUCAGAACCAACAGCUUCCCAUUAGGGUGCCUCUGAGGUCAAGUAUGCUAACAAGAAAUUCUCAGCAGUCAGAAGUACUCAAUGGGAAUGAACGUUUAGGGUAUGGAUUUAAUAGACCUUAUGCUGCUGGCGGAAAGAAGUUGGCUUUACCAAAUGGCCCAGGUGUAACUUCCACUUUAGGUUAUAGGCUGGUUCAUCCUUCUCUUCUGAAAUCUAGCCAAUCUCCAUUUUCUGGGACUAUCACAGUUGAUGGUAAUAAAAAUUCACCUGCUGUCACAUGUGUAGAAGAAGAUGCUGCACUUUUGGCUAAGGAAAGAGCUACUGAUAAGGACCAAGAACUAAUUGAAAAUGAUAGUUAUAGAACAGAAAAUGGCCAGACCAUGAAGCAUGAUGCUAAAAUUAGAUACCUGAGUGAUGAUGUGGAUGACAUUUCCUUGUCGUCUUUGUCAUCUUCUGAUAAGAAUGAUAUAAGCGAAGACUUUAGCGAUGAUUUUAUAGAUAUAGAAGACUCCAACAGAACUAGAAUAACUCCAGAGGAAAUUUCACUCAAAGAAGAAAAGAAUGAAAAUGUACCACCAAAGGAUAUAUUUGAUUCCCCCAAGGAAAAUGAAGAAUCUUUCAGUAAAACUGAUGAGUGGAUAGAUACAAGUGUCUCUGACAGGAGUGAAUGUACAAAACAUACUUCCGGGAAUAACUUGAUUUCACUAGAUACAGACUACAGAGCUGGUUCUUCAUUUGAACUCUCUCCAUCUGAUAGCUCUGAUGGAACAUACAUGUGGGAUGAAGAGGGCUUGGAGCCCAUCGGAAAUGUCCAUCCAGUUGGGAGCUAUGAGUCGUCUGAAAUGAACAGCAUAGAUAUUCUGAACAAUCUUGAAUCAUGUGACCUUGAGGAUGAUGACCUUAUGCUUGAUGUGGAUCUGCCUGAGGAUGCACCUCUUGAAAAUGUGGAGUGUGACAAUAUGAACCGCUUUGAUCGAUCAGACAGAAAUGUUCGGCAGUCUCAGGAAGGAUUUUGGAAAAGGCCACCCCAGAGGUGGAGUGGACAAGAACAUUACCACCUUAGCCUUCCUGACCAUUAUCACCACCUUGGAAAAAGUGACUUGAGCAGAGGCUCUCCCUAUAGAGAAUCUCCUUUGGGUCAUUUUGAAAGCUAUGGAGGGACCCCCUUUUUCCAGGCUCAGAAGAUGUUUGUAGAUGUACCUGAAAAUACAGUGAUACUGGAUGAGAUGACCCUCCGGCACAUGGUCCAGGAUUGCACUGCUGUAAAAACUCAGUUACUUAAACUGAAGCGUCUGCUGCAUCAAGACCCAGUCAAGAAGCCCUGCUUGAUAAGGAUAAAUGAGAAACCACUUUUGCAUUUUCUGAGACUUCCCCUUAGUGUCUGUUACCAGUUUGAAGAAAUUACCUUUGGAAUCAGUCUGGGUUUUCCAGAGAAAAAGAAAACACACGCAUGCACACACACACACACACACACACACACACACACACACACACACACACACGAGGGAGAGAGACAGACACAGAGACACAGAGAGAGACAGAGACAGACAGACACCAUAUACCUCUUUCUCAAAUUUUCUUGUCACCAAUUUUUCAAUCAUGUUUCUUCUAGGCCCCUAACCAUCCAGUCAAACCAUUGACCACAACUCAUGAAUUGAUAUAUAACUGCACAUCUGUCCAUUUUUCUUUGUAAGCAGAAUGAACAACUAGAUGCACUGUGGAGUGUUUCGCCCACUGGGAGGAUUUCCUUUCAUUGCUGUUCUUCCACUGCUAUUCUUCCUUACAGAAAGGAACUGUAGUCUUGCAGCCGUCUACUUUCAGGUGUCUGCGUGUUGUUCAGAACCAUCUGUAAACUGGACCUGAGUCUUUUCUUCCUCUGUUAUCUGAUCAUAGGGAACUCUCUCCAAUGAGACCAUAGUGCAGGCUGGGAGAAGAAGACAGUGUAGUGGAAGUGGAGACCAUAGGCAUUUGAGCUAUUCAUCAUAUAUCUUAAUUAUAUUUUCAGAGCCUUCUUGGGCCAAAUCACAUUGAUUCCACUUGCAUUUGAUGGUGAAAUGUUGCUCUGCACACCUAAUAUUAUGGCUUUAUGUGUCAGAUAACACCCAGUUCAUGAUGGGCAGUUCAGUAUUGGUAACUGGGUGGCCCAAGUAAGCAUUUAGUCACCUCUGAGACCCAGUAGCAGGCCAGGAGCUGUCUCAAAAAGAGAGUAGGUAUCUGCAGAGGAUGGUAGCGCUUUGCUCCCGAGAGCCUGCACUGAGAUUCACCUAUAAAGCUUGCUAAAAUCUCCAGUUAGCGUCCUUCUCUGCCACUGCCACUUCAAAUACAAUGGGAGUUGCUGCAUCAUAUGACCCAAGUGGCAGAGGAACUGAACCUUUUGUUGAGCCUUCUAAGCCUUCAGAAGUAGCAGCUAUUCAGCUCACUAGGUAAAUGGGCCAGAAUAACACACCUAAAUGAGGAAUAUGUUGCCUCCAAAAUUUAAAGGGGCCCACUAGGCUUUGUACUUCUUUGUGUUUGGAAGAUCCAGAUACAGCAACUUAUCCUACACCUUAGAAGAGAUAUCUCAAUAUGUCCAUGUUCCCUACUCGUUCCGUUUCUACAAACAGUUGUUUAUAUUUUGUUUUGUGUCCCCUACAAACAGUUGUUUAUAUUCCUUUUUAUGUUUGUGGCAGUAAUGGUAAAUUGAUGAUUAGACAGUGCUGUUCAAAGUAGCUUAUACAUGAAAUGUUUGUUAUUGGUUCAUGAGAGUUAAAGUAGCUCUUGUCAGAAUAGAAAUCAACAUUUUUCACUCUUGUGCCACAAAUUCUUACCACCAAAGAAAAAAACUGAGCCAAACUAAACUGUUUUGUGACUAGUUGAUUGAUAGUCUAAUGCAAACUUUUAUUGUGUUGCAGACAGGAAACAGUUUGUGAACCAGAACUAAUCUGUGAGUAACACUGGUGUUACUGUUCUUAACCUGUAAAAGACAAGUCCAAAGAACAGAAAAGAUAUACAACCAAAUAUUAUAUCAGAGGUACCUGUAUGUAGUAUGCAAGAGAGAAAAAAUUGCUCUGGGAAUGGAGUUGAAGAAAUUUGCUGUAUGCCAUUAUAGAGAAGAUAUGAAACUGGAAGUUGAGUUUAUCAAGUAAAGAAUUUUGAAAAGAUCGGGGAAAUCAGUAUGAGCAAAGGUGUAGGUUCUUAAAGUGUGAGCUGCACUUCUCACAGUGACUAAAGGAAAACUCAUGAGCAUCUAAAAUAUUCAGAGAGAAAGCCAGAAAAACCAGUGCUCAUUUGAUACACUUUGAGGUGAUUAUUAAUACAGCUUCUUACCUUACAAAAACUUAUUAAUAGGAAAGAAGCAUUUUAGUUGCAUUUAUAAUAGUAUCGAUAUUUUCAUAACUGAAGAGGCCCUUGAAAAAAGAUAAUUCAACUUUGCUGAAGAAUGACAACAAAUUGUAGAAAGUGUGAUAGAAUUAGAGAAAUGUCAUAUUAAAAACCCUGAUGAAAUUUCUGCUUUAUGCCAGGAUUAUUAAUUGUUGUUACAACCAAUAGAUGAUUGGGCGGUGGGUUCCCAGACAGUUCAUACAGUGCCAAAGUCACACCAUUUAAAUUACUUUAUAGUUGCAAGAGAAAAAAACACAUAAUUGUUCAUUAGAGAGAUCAAACUGUCAUUACCCUAAUCCAGUGAUCAGUUUUCCUAUCACUAAUGAGUUGCGGUAGCCAGGUACUAAGUAUCUUCUGAUGUGAUACAGGGAAUAAUGUAUAUUAUACAUAAUUAUAUAUUAUACACAGAAUUAUGUAUAAUAUGUUCUAGCCAAAAACAUUUAUUUUUAAUUCCUCAGAUGAUUACUUAUAGCUUCCUUUUUACAGGAUAAACAGAUGAGAGAAGAAUAAGAGAAGAAGAAAAGAAACCACAUAAAUUUAGAUUAUUGGAAAUUCUGUAUGACAAAUAGUGACGCUCUUUAGCUUGUUAGUGUCCUAAAAAGUUGGCGCGGGGAAGUGACAGUGCUACAUUAAAAAGAAAUAUAGGAACAGCUAGAUGUAAUGUGAGAUUCUGAAUUGGAUAUUGGUUGGACAGAUCAACUACAGAGGACAUUUUGGGUCAAUUGUGGAAAUUUGAAUAUGGCCUAUGUAUUAGGUGAUAUAGAAAUUUACUGAAAUGGAAAGACAGAGACUGUUGACUGAAGAAAGCAGUUUAUAAAACAGUGUAUACAUUAUGAUCACAUAUCUUUUUUUAAUUAAGUUUAUUGGGAUAACAUUGGUUAAUACAAUUAUAUAAUUUUCAGGUGUACAUU